GAAUGCCUCAAGCAAUAUGUGGACCAGAGAAUAUAACGAUCGAAGGUACGACCGAAGAACUAUUUGAGGGUGUUGUUUUUAUCAAGAAUUGGCGACGGACGAAUGGAUGUGCGGCAAUCUAUUCGCUUAGCGAAAAUACUACGACACCCUCACUUUCAAUUCCGUUGAAUCGUAUUGCUCAGUGCGGUUUGGUGCUUCAAAGGAAUGUAAGCAUUGGUAAAUAUAUUUGUAAAAAAAAGAGCGAAACAUUUUUGAUUUCUUACAACGUUGCUACAUCAAAACGUUGUUACUUUGCAUCAGCUGCAGUUGAGAAGCAAGAAAUGGUUCAUUAA